AUGGCGACGGGGGCCGUGAUCCGGGCCCCCUACCCGGCGUUCUGUCUGCGAGAUCCGGGUUUUCCCUCGUUUACUGCGGGGGACUGGAGGCUAGCUGCCUUUCCGAGCGGUCCGGGAGGCAGACUGUUCGCCAUCUGUGGUGGCGGGGAGGUGAGCACGUUGGAAACUGGACACGUGCGGCUCGGCUCAGCUCAGCCGCACGAAGAGCACAGCGUCUCUGUGGAGGUGUGCAGCGAUAUCUGCACAUCUGCUAGGACCUUUGGAGGCCCACUAGAUCUCAGUAUCAACACCAUUUUGGACCAGAUGACCCAGUAUUUCAAGACCCAAAGACUGGAAGCUCCCAAAGCGGGGGAUAAGCAAGAGGCGGAGGACUCCUGCCUGCCAUGCCGCGCCUCUCUCUGUGACGACGACGCCCAGUCUCACACUACAGACGACCUGCUGGUGGAUUCAGUGCUCGACCUGAAGGAGAGCGUGUGUGAGAAGCACAACCGGCCCCGGGAACUCUUCUGCAAGACCGACCGCACAUGUGUUUGCAGGCUGUGUGUAGAGGAUGACCACGGAGAGCACACCACUGUGCCCGUUGAGAGAGAGUGGUUCCACCGACACAUCCAGCUGAAGAGAGAGGUGCUGCAGGUGAAGCAGGAGAUCCUGGACCGACGGAAAAAGAUGGAGGAGAUCAGAGAGAGGACGAGGCUGAGCAGGGAGGACGCAGAGAAGGAGCUGAAGGAGGGCCUGCAGGUCCUUAGUGCUAUUCUCCGCUCCGUGGAGAAAUGCCAGAUGGAGCUGACGGAGGCAAUCGAGGGGAAGCAGAAGGCAGUAGAGACCAGGGCCCAAAGCCUCUUGGAAGACCUGGAGCAGGAGAUCAAGGACUCAAAGACCAGAAAGGCCGAGUUGAAACAGCUCCUUCACUGCCAGGACUACGUCCACAUUUUACAGAGCUUCCCCUCUCAGCCAACUCCCCCGUGCUCUAAGGACUGGGACAAUGUCGUCAUCCACACUGAACUGUGUGUGGGGAUUGUGAGGAGAGUGCUCUCUCCAUACGACGAGAACUUCAGAGUAAAACUGAGAGAGCUGAUGGAUGCUGAGUUUAAAAAAAUUCAACAAUAUGCUGAGGAUGUGAGGUUGGAUCCCCUUACUGCACAACGCAACCUGGUUGUGUCUGAGAAUGGGAAAGAGGUCCGCUAUCAAGAAAGGAUGCAAAUAGUGCCUGACAACCCAGAAAGGUUUGAUACUGCUCAUUCUGUGCUGGGGAAACAGACGUUCACUUCAGGAAGACAUUACUGGGAAGUGCAAGUGGAGGGAAAGACGGCCUGGUAUUUGGGAGUCGUCACAGUGUCUAUCUGCAGGAAGAAGAAGAACACACCUCUACCAAGAAAUGGUCUCUGGAUUCUGCAUCAAAAAGAAGGGGAGAAUCUCAAAGCUCUCGAUGACUCUCACGUCGAGCUCAGUCCAAGUUCAGGGCUGAAAAAAGUUGGUGUGUAUGUGGACUAUGAGGAGGGUCAGAUCUCUUUUUACAACGUGGAGACCAGAUUGCCAAUGUUCUCGUUCACAGGGAACACCUUUACUGAGAAACUCUGCUUGUUCUUGAAUCCACAAAAAAGUGACACAGUCCCAAUGAUCCUCUCUCCUGUUUCUUAGAAACUGUUUUAAGCAAACAUUUUGCUUAACUUGGUUAGUGCAUUAGUUGAAUUGGCUUCUUGAUUUGUUGAUGUGAGAAAAGCUUAUUUUAUUAUGAAAAAUAUACAAAUGUAUGGUGAAGGUUUUGCAUCAUUUUAGGUAUAAUAUAAUUGCUUAUUUUGUUAUUAUUUGGACCUACCGUCUCAGCUCAUGUGAGUUUGUACCCAUCUGUAUGAGUACAGAUGGCGCGGAUGUAGACAGUGGGACAAAGGCCUAGGUGAGGGUAAGACUAAGAGUCAGCUAGAACACACUUUGGGAAAUACCUUGGUUUAUCACACAUUCUUGUACAAGUAAUUGUUGUUAUAAAGUACAUGUCAACUGGUCAUAGCAUU